AUGAAUCCCUUAGGGGGCGGCUUCACGAGAUGCACGAGACAUCCGUCUCAGUUUUUCACUGGUUUCUGUUCUUCUUGUCUGCUCGAGAGACUGUCCGCCAUUGACGCUGCAGGUAGGAGUCCGAAAUGCCCUGCAGAGGUGUUCGUCGCCCCUCCAUCUCUCUCAGAUCGCCACAGAAUCCCUCACGAAGACUGCGAAAGAAGGACUCUGCUUGCUCUCUUCCGCCUCGACGAUGACGCUGGUCCUAAUCAAGCACCCAUCUUGGAGAACGAUCCCGGAGCUGAUCAUUCAGUCGGAGCUCAGCCGUCGAUGUGCCAGGAAUCUGAACCAAGGCUUCCACCGAGGUUUGGUGGUGAUACCAGUGUUUCUGGUUUGAAGCCGAGGAGCGUAUCCUUCUGGUUGGGCUCAGUGUUCUCGAAGAACACCCAAAUAUGGCGCAAGAAAGGAUCGUCCCACCGGAGGUGGCAGAACGGGAACGUGGAAGAAGAAUGGCCGGAACUUGAGCAGAGAUCUCGCCAUUCCUGCGACUGGAAGCUCUCCUACGAUCCAAGUAAGGCGGCGUGGGAGGACCCGAGGCACUCGUGGGACGGUUCAAUGGCGAGCAAGGCCUUCAUCUGCUCCUUCUCCUGCGUCGAGGAAGCGGAGGACAGAGAUUCGGACAGUUCAUGGCCCAGCGAGAGGAGAAGAAGCCUGCCCGAGUUCUGCGAAGGAGCUGUAUCAUCUCAGCUUGAUUCAUCCACCAGAACAACCGAUUCCUCGAGCUCAACUGCAGAGAAGCCUUCUCCUCUUCGCACCAACAAUAGGAAAUCUCUGAGACACAGUCUCAACGAGGACCAUCACCAUCACUGUGCUGCUGCGGCGGCGUCUGGGAGCAGGAGGAAGAAGACCCACAGAUGGAGCAAGGUCUGGAGAUGGGGCAUGCCCAGCCAUUUCAAGGAAACCCCUCAGACUCAGAGGCAGUUCCUGGAACGGUCUCUCUCAGAAUCCUGGAGAGAGAGCUGUAAGAUGAGGGCCAUAGAGAAGAUGAACUCUGAAGAACUUACCCGGCAUAGGCGCUCUCUGAGCAGAAGCAAAGGCACUGUCACCGGUGGCGUUCUCCAUUGCUCAGCGAAGAGGAACGAGCACAGCUUUGGUCGGAGCCGGAGCAUCCACUUCUACUCCCCUGGGAACCUGGAGAACGGGCUCCUCCGCUUCUACUUGACUCCUCUGAGAAGCAGCCGAAGGAACGCCAAGAGCAGGACGAAGACUUCUCGCCCCAUCAGCAGGGGAAUCUUCGGCUUCUAUUGA